AUGAAGACUUCAAGGGAGCCAAGUCAACCCAAGGCAACCAACAUUAUUAGGCCGAGCUAUAAACGUGGCCCUCCUUCCGUCAUUUCAACAGGAUCAUCUAAUUCAGUGGCAUCUCAAAGGAAACCCAGAGUGGCAACAACAACCAUUGUCGAAAAGCCAGGAUUCAACAUAUACUCACCUCAUAAAAAACAACCUAAUCUGUAUAAUGCAAGUACAAGUACGAAUAGUAGCAGCAAUAGCAAUGUUAGCAAUACUAGCAAUAAUAAUACACAUAGACCUGUUGUUGAGAUUUAUAAACCACCAUCAUUACAAAAGAUGACAAAAUCAUUUACUAUACCUGUCAUUUCAGAUGCUACUACUAGACCUCGUCUUGUCCGUUCUGUCUUGGGCCCUAUUAAUACCCCUAACAAUAAUAACAAAACAUUCAUUGAACCACAACCACAGCAUACCCUAUUCAAUAAAGAUCAGUUACUAGUGAAGGAAGAGAUUAAAUCAUACGAGACGGAUGAUGAAUUGGAUUCGUCAGAUAAAGAUGUAGAGGAUGACAUAGAAGAAGAAGAAGAAGAGGAGGAGGAGGAGGAGGAAGAAGAAGAGGAUGAUGAAGUGAAUGAGGCAAGAACAAAUAGGAAGGCAAGUGAAUACCUUAAAGAGAAUAUGCAUAUACUUAUUAGUCGUGUAGAUAGAAGAUUUGGAACUAUCAUUGAAAUCAUUAUUGGCAGUGAACUCCAUGUUGGAAGAAACAGUGAAAAAGCAGGCACAACAAAUAGUACAACUCAAGAAGCAAACCAUGGGGACAACGGACCAUGUUGA